UGGGCAACACAAGCCAGGUCGACAAAGUUACCUAAAUGAAAAUGUCCUCGACUCUCAGCUCCCCAUCGCCGAACAACAGCAACCUUUUCACGGCGAGCUACGAGAGGACGGACCUCACGGAGGCGCAAAGACAGAUGAGCCUGCUUCUGUUCGGCUUGUGCGUCGCCAUCGCCGCUCUUACCUUCUUGGGAAGUGUUUAUUCUCUCUUCUUUUUCAUUCGGAUGAGGUGGAAAACCAUCCUGUGGCUCAUCGUGGCUUCAAUGUCCGUGGACGACCUGCUCAGCGUGAUACCUCUCUCCCUCUUCAUGCUCCUCCAGUGGGAGAGAGAUGGAGAGGGAGGGUCGGUGACCAUAUGCACGUUAUCGGGACUUCUCUAUGUGUUCCAAGGACUCUCCAGCAAUAUGAAGGCUUGCCUUAUCGCAGCCUAUACCUUUUACGUUACCAAGCGAGAAGGAAGCCCUCGUCCGUUAAGGAUGAUGUUGGCGAUAGCAGGGGUGUGGGUAGUCAGCCUGGUCGUCAGUGUACUACCCCUGUGCGGCUGGGGGACUUUCACUCGGCUCUCUCUCGGCUGCUUCCCGGAGAGACGAGGCUUUUACCUUCUGAUCCUUUUCUCUUUGUACUCCGUGUGUUUCUGCGGAUUGGUGAUCUUCUUCGUUCCUCUCACCUACCAGCUUCUGUGUUCCAGAGAGCCACAGGGGACGUUAUACCCGAACUACUUGGAUAUAGCCAGGGAUCUGAGAGGGGACGGGUCUGCGCCUCUCUGCGAACUCCCGUCCUUCUCUCGGGAUAGCUUGGACAGAAGUUUCAGUACCUACAACGAGCUGAGUCCGGGUGGGUUGGGGAAAGGGUUAGGGGUGCGGGACAAAGUGGAAACAUAUACCUGUUCAAACCCUGCCUCUGACGGUGUACUGAGGGAUGGCGGUACCAUCUGUAACUGGGAAUCCCCGGUGUUCUUUGCACAAAAGCGCUUCUCCAUGAUCCUAGCGGUGGUGAGAGUUGUCUUGUGGAUGCCUAUGAUGACUCUGGUGCUCGUGCGUCAUGCUGUAAACGCCAACAGCUCAUACCUGGAGGCGGUGGAAACGGUGAGCUUCUUCCUGACCCUGCUGGCGCCUGCCGUCACGCCGGUGUUCAUACUCUCCGAUCGCUGGAUCCACCUUCCGUGCGGCUGCUUCAUCAACUGCCCGCGGGACACAGAGAAUGAGCCCACCGCAAAGAAGAGGUUUGAAUUUAACCUCUCCUUCCAAAAAGGGUACGGAAUAUACAAGAUAUCGCACGCGACCAAACCCCACCGAAACCCGUCCAUCGAGAAGCCUUCCUAUUACAACUUCUUCAACUGCGACUUCACAGAAAACCAGUUUGCCGUGCUGGACAGCUCCAGGGUCGCGAGCCUGCAGGCCGAGCUGGAGUUCAGGACCCCACGUGCAGUGGACAGCUCCCCACUGCGUGAACAUGGCGAGCUGCUUCUUGAGGUAGUGCCAGGUGGAGGAGAGACCCUGGCGCUGGCAGACUGCCUCCAAUUUCCUCAUGAUAACCACAGAGACCAGGACCUCAACCUCACCGACACGUCGUCGGUGUUCGAGGGAACGGAACGGAGACUGUCGCAUGUAGAGUGUAGAAAAAUGGAGCUGAUGGACUGGGAGUGGUGUAGGAGUAAAUCCGAGAGGACCCCCAGACAGAGAUCUGGGGGAGGUCUGGCCCUCCCUCUGUGUGCCUUCCAGGGCACCGUCUCCCUGCAUGCCCCCACAGGGAAGACCCUCUCCCUCUCCACCUACGAGGUCAGCAGCGACGGCCUCACCAUCUCCCCCCACGCCACCAAGAAGGUGGAGGUCUACCGCUCAAAGUCUGUAGGCCACGAGCCCAGUGCAGACGACCCCACCACCGGGGGCCCGGCCGGGGGAGUGGGGAUGGAGGUGGAGGUGGCAAUGCGGGACACCAAUGUGAAGAUCCACCUGGAGGUGUUGGAGAUCUGUGACAACGAGGAGGCCACGGACAGCGUGUCCAUCAUCUCUAACAUCAGCCAGUCGUCCACCCACGCCCGCUCCCCGUCGCUGCGCUAUUCUCGGAAGGAGAACCGCUUUGUCUCCUGUGACCUGGGGGAGACAGCCUCCUACUCACUGCUCAUCCCCAACAGUGGCAACCCCGAGGUGGACAACAUCAACAUCAACAUCCCUGACACUGUGGAGGCCCACCGGCAGAACAGUCGCAGGCAGAAACAGGAGACGGGAGGCUACCGCGAGGAGAUACAGCUGCUCAACGAAGCCUACAGGAAGCAGGAAGAGGACAGAGAAGACUGAUACACACAGGAAGCCGGAAGUGGACAGAGAAGUCUGAUACAUACACAGGAAGCAGGAAGAGACAGAGAAGACUGAUAAACACACAGGAAGCAGGAAGAGGACAGAGAAGACUGAUACACACAGGAAGCAGGAAGUGGACAGAGAAGUCUGAUACAUACACAGGAAGCAGGAAGAGACAGAGAAGACUGAUAAACACACAGGACGCAGGAAGUGGACAGAGAAGUCUGACACAUACACAGGAAGCAGGAAGUGGACAGAGAAGUCUGAUACACACAGGAAGACAAUGAGUGGACAUAUAAUAUUGAUGAGCACACAAAGGAUGCAGACUGGGAAUGCAUAACUAUAUAUUUUAAGUAUGUAUUUUGACUAAACAUUAGCUGCCACUGCCUAAGACUGCUGGGACACAUCCAUUCUGUGAUUUAGAGGUCUAUUAUGUAUAGAUGUGAUGAGGUGAGGUGGAGAGAAGUGGAUGCAGGAAUAAAGGAUGAGAUGAGGUGGAGAGAAGGUGAUGCUGCAGGACUAAGGGAUGCGGUGAGGUGGAGAGAAGGUGAUGCAGGACUAAAGGAUGAGGUGGAGAGAAGGUGAUGCAGGACUAAAGGAUGAGGUGGAGAGAAGGUGAUGCAGGACUAAGGGAUGAGGUGGAGAGAAGGUGAUGCAGGACUAAGGGAUGAGGUGGAGAGAAGGUGAUGCAGGACUAAGGGAUGAGGUGGAGAGAAGGUGAUGCAGGACUAAGGGAUGAGAUGGAGAGAAGGUGAUGCAGGACUAAGGGAUGAGGUGGAGAGAAGAUAAUGCUGCAGGACUAAAGGAUGAGGUGGAGAGAAGGUGAUGCUGCAGGACUAAAGGAUGAGGUAGAGAGAAGGUGAUGCUGCAGGACUAAGGGAUGAGGUGGAGAGAAGGUGAUGCUGCAGGACUAAGGGAUGAGGUGAGGUGGAGAGAAGGUAAAGCUGCAGGACUAAGGGAUGAGGUGAGGUGGAGAGAAGGUGAUGCUGCAGGACUAAGGGAUGAGGUGGAGAGAAGGUGAUGCAGGACUAAGGGAUGAGGUGGAGAGAAGGUGAUGCAGGACUAAGGGAUGAGGUGAGGUGGAGAGAAGGUGAUAUGCUGCAGGACUAAGGAAUGAGGUGGAGAGAAGGUGAUGCAGGACUAAGGGAUGAGUUGGAGAGAAGGUGAUGCAGGACUAAGGGAUGAGGUGGAGAGAAGGUGAUGCAGGACUAAGGGAUGAGGUGAGGUGGAGAGAAGUGGAUACAGGACUAAAGGUUAGCAGCACAAUGAAAGAGUGAAGACUGAAAGGGAGUGCAGAGAGAAAGGAUGGAGAGAGGAUUACCCAUGUUAGUAUUCAUGCCAGGGUCUCCAACAUAUGGCUGCCAAUGGGUAUAGCCCUCACCAAUAAGUAAACAUGGAGACUACCAGCCCCUGUGUCUGAGUCAUCCCACUGAGUGUGUGUUACAUACAGAUCUGUACUCUGUACAGUGUGUCUGUACUCGUAAUAUAAUCUGCUGAAAGCCUGGACUCAGAAUAGAUCAUUUACCAUACUGUUCAUUCUGCUGCUGUGAGACAAAACUAUCAUUUUAUGUAAAUCAGUCUGAAGAGAGAAAUAGAAGGUGCGAGAGAGAGAGAGAGAGAGAGAGGUAGAGAGAGGUAGAGAGAGGGAGG